AUGUUUGUUACUGGUUAUUUUAGAUAUUAUAUAUACGUAAUUUUUUUUCAUCUUCUGUUUUUCCUACAGGAAAAAACCAAAGUGGUGGAACCCUUGGACUAUGAGAACGUGAUCCUUCAACGCAGAGUUCAGAUCUACAGUGAUCCCCUCCGGGACCUGCUGAUAUUUCCGAUCGAAGAUGUGUCUAUCUCAGUCAUCGGCCGACAGAGAAGGACUGUCCAGUCGACAGUGCCAGAAGAUGCUCUAAAGAAAGCUCAGAGUCUCUUUGUCAAAGAGUGCAUUAAAACCUACAGCUCUGACUGGCACGUGGUAAACUACAAGUAUGAGGAAUACUCAGGAGACUUUCGGAUGUUGCCAUGCAAAUCCUUCAGGCCAGACAAGAUUCCAAGCCAUGUGUUUGAAAUUGAUGAAGACUUUGAAAAGGAUGAGGAUUCCUCAUCCCUGUGCUCCCAGAAGGGCGGUGUGAUAAAGCAGGGCUGGCUGCACAAAGCAAAUGUAAAUAGCACCAUCACUGUUACCAUGAAGGUAUUCAAGAGGAGGUAUUUUUACUUGUCACAACUCACAGAUGGCUCCUAUAUUCUAAAUUCCUAUAAAGAUGAGAAAAUUUCAAAAGAAUCCAAAGGCUGCAUUUUCUUGGACGCUUGCAAUGACGUUGUUCAGUGUCCCAAGAUGCGCCGUUAUGCAUUUGAACUGAAGACAAUAGACAAGUACAGCCACUACCUUGCAGCUGAAACUGAGCAGGAGAUGGAAGAAUGGCUGGUGACCCUGAGAAAGAUCAUUCAGAGCAAUACUGAGAGUUUGGUGCAAGAGAAGAAAGAUACUGUGGAAUCUGUGCAAGAUGAUGAAUCAAGCACGCAGGGUAAAUCAGAGAACAUCCUGGAGAGCCUGGAGAGAAGCAUGCAUCCAGAGCUGAUGAAGUAUGGAAGAGAAACAGAUCAGCUGAACAAACUCAGCAGAAAUGAUGGAAGACAAAACAUCUUUUCUUUUGACCCAGAAGUCCAGAGACUAGACUUCUCGGGGAUUGAGCCAGAUGUGAAGCCAUUUGAGGAAAAGUGCAGCAGGCGCUUUGUGGUGUGCUGCCAGGACUUCUCCCUCAACCUCCUCGCUCAGCUCAGUGACAGGGCAGAAGGAGGACCCACCAACGUUGAGCCCUUUUUCCUAAGCUUGGCGUUAUUCGACCUGAAAAAUAAUUGCAAGAUUUCAGCUGACUUCCACGUGGACCUGAACCCCCCAUCUGUCCGUGAGAUGCUGCUGGAGAGCUCCGUGUCCGGAGCGGAGGGAGCCAAGGGACGCUCGCCGGGCGAGAGCCUCGUGCACGGGGUCCCCGAGUCCUGCCUGCGCUACAUAAAACGGGGGGUCUUCUCCGUGACUGACCCACAUGCAGAGAUCUUCCUGGUGGCCCGUGUGGAGAAGGUGCUGCAGGGCAGCAUUGCACACUGUGUAGAGCCCUACAUGAAGAAUUCGGACCCUGGAAAGACUGCCCAGAAAGUCCAUAAGGUGGCCAAGCAGGUGUGCAGCCGUCUGGGGCAGUACCGGAUGCCCUUUGGUUGGGCUGCCAGACCAGUUUUCAAAGACUCCCAGGGCACUCUUGAUGCUGAAGGAAAAUUCUCACCCCUCUACAAGCAAGACAGCAGCAAAAUCUCAAAUGAAGAUAUGCUGAAACUUUUAGCAGAGUAUAAGAAACCAGAGAAGACAAAACUACAAGUCAUUCCAGCCCAGUUAAAUAUCAUUAUCAAAGACGUCCCGCUAGACUUCACAAAUUGUGUCACAGCUUCUUACAUUCCUAUAAAGCCUUUUGAGAAGAGCUGUGAGGACGUUGCGGUGGAAGUGGAGGAGCUUGUCCCAGAAGUUGCAAAAUACUGUUACCCCUUCACUGUCUACAAAAACCACCUCUAUGUCUACCCCUUGCAUUUGAAGUAUGAGAACCAGAAGGUGUUUGCGAAGGCAAGGAAUAUUGCUGUCUGUGUUGAGUUCAGGGAUUCAGAUGAAGCUGAUGCCAGGCCGCUAAAGUGUAUAUAUGGCAAACCUGGAGGCCCUCUCCUGACCACAAACGCAUAUGCUGCUGUGCUGCAUCACAACCAGAGUCCAGAGUUCUAUGAUGAGAUUAAAAUUGAGCUUCCAAUUCACCUCCAUCAAAAGCAUCAUUUGCUUUUCACCUUCUAUCAUGUCAGCUGUGAAAUUAAUACAAAGGCAACAUCGAAAAAACAGGACACCGUUGAAACUCAAGUGGGAUACUCCUGGGUCCCGUUGCUGAAGGAUGGGCGGAUCGUCACCCUGGAGCGGCAGCUGCCGGUUUCAUCCAACCUUCCACCUGGCUACCUGGGUCUUGGAGACACAGAGUCACGAAAGCAGCCCAGUGUGGACACAAAGUGGGUGGAUGGAGCAAAGCCACUGUUUAAAAUCAGAAUCCAUUUGGACUCAACAAUUUACACCCAGGACAUACACUUGCACAAAUUCUUCCAGUACUGCCAGCUGGUUCAGGCGGGAGCUAAGGAGGUCCCAGGAGAACUCGUUAAAUGCCUAAAGUGUUUGCACGCCAUGGAGAUCCAAGUAAUGAUUCAGUUUCUACCUGUAAUUCUUAUGCAACUAUUUAGAGUCCUCACAAACGUGACCCAGGAGGAUGAAGUAGCUGUCAACUGCACCAUGGUUCUUCUGCACAUCGUGUCCAAGUGCCAUGAAGAAGGUCUAGACCACUACUUGCGCUCCUUCAUAAAGUAUGUCUUUAGAGCUGAGAAGCCAAGUGUCAAACAGGCCAAGAUGACCCAUGAAAUCCUGGUCCUUUCCAUGGCCACGAUCUUGAAGCAAUCAGCAGAUUUUCUAGCCAUCAAUAAACUACUCAAGUACUCGUGGUUUUUCUUUGAAGCACUGGCAAAGUCCAUGGCAAUGUACUUACUGGAAGAGAACAAAAUCAAGCUGCCCAGAGGCCAGCGGUUCCCUGAGUCCUACCAGCACGCCCUGCAUUCGCUGCUCCUUGCCAUCAUUCCUCACGUGACCAUUCGCUAUAACGAGAUCCCCGAGGAGUCCAGGAACGUCAACUUUAGCUUGGCUAACUUCCUGAAGCGUUGUCUGACCUUUAUGGACAGAGGAUUUGUUUUUAACUUGAUAAAUGAUUACGUUUCUGGAUUCAGCCCAAAAGACCCUAAGCUGCUGGUUGAAUACAAGUUUGAAUUUCUUCAAACCAUUUGCAAUCACGAGCACUACAUUCCUCUGAACUUGCCAAUGACCUUUUCCAAACCCAAGCUGCAAAGAGUUCAAGAUGUAAAUCUCGAGUACAGUUUAACUGAUGAGUAUUGCAGGCACCAUUUCCUGGUGGGGAUGCUGCUCAGAGAAGCCUCUGUUGCCUUGCAGGACAACUAUGAUAUCAGAUAUACAGCCAUCUCAGUCUUAAAAAAUCUCUUGAUCAAGCAUGCCUUUGACAACAGAUACCAGCAUAAGAACCAGCAGGCAAAAAUCGCCCAGCUGUACCUGCCACUCUUUGGGGUGCUCCUGGAGAACCUCCAGCGCGUGGCCAGUCGUGAGGCACUUUAUUCCUGUGCAUCCGCCUCCAGUCCCGCAUCCAGGGAUGAAUUCAUAUGCAGUUUUCCAUCCCCCUCAAAUAGAUCCAGCCUGAUUGCAGACAAAGAUCCAGCCUGUGGAGCAGCCCUUCCAAAUGGCCACGCAAUAAAGCGAGAGGACUCAAAAGGAUCCCUGAACUCGGAGGGGGCAACCAGUUCCCCGGAUCAGAGUGAAACAGCCCGCAGAAGUUCCAUGAGGAGCAGUGUGUCACACUGCAGCCGGCUGGACCAGUUUGAGAUCCGGACGCUUCUGAUGUGCUACCUCUACAUUGUGAAGAUGAUCUCUGAAGAUACUCUUUUAGCAUAUUGGAACAAAUUCUCCCCCCAGGAGCUGAUCAAUGUCCUUGUGCUUCUGGAGGUGUGUUUAUUUCACUUCAGAUACGUGGGCAAGAGGAAUAUUGCCAGCUCCUGCAUGCGAUCCCCAGGCCCAGGCGAGCGCAGGUUGGCAGUGUCCCCCCCAGCUGGCUGCAGGGUGCAUGAUGCCUGGUUAUCCAAGCACACGGCAGCAGAUAGGAAAUCCCAGACAAUGCCAGCUCUCCGCAGCAGAACCGGGGUGCGACUCCAGCACCUGGGCAGCUUGGAGACUUCCUUCACACUCAACCACAAUGCAGGCACCUCAGAAGCAGAUAUUGUGCACCAGGCGUUACUGGAGGGCAAUAUUGCCACCGAAGUGUGCCUGACAGUCCUGGACACCAUCUCUUUUUUCACUCAGAGUUUCAAGACCCAGCUUUUAAGCAAUGAUGGCCACAAUCCACUUAUGAAGAAGGUUUUUGAUAUUCAUCUGGCUUUUCUCAAAAACGGGCAGUCAGAAGCAGCUCUUAAGCAUGUGUUUGCCUCUCUGAGAGCUUUCAUUAGCAAGUUUCCCUCAGCAUUUUUCAAGGGAAGGGUGAACAUGUGUGCUGCCCUCUGCUAUGAGAUCCUGAAGUGUUGCACUUCCAAGGUGUCCUCCACAAGGAACGAAGCCUCCGCUCUUCUGUAUCUCCUGAUGAGAAAUAACUUUGAGUUCACCAAAAGGAGAACAUUCCUGAGAACACAUCUUCAGAUCAUAAUUGCAGUGAGCCAGUUGAUAGCAGAUGUGGCACUUAGCGGUGGGACAAGAUUUCAGGACUCUUUGCUCAUCAUUAACAACUUUGCAAACAGCGACAGGCCUAUGAAGGCAACUGCUUUUCCUUCUGAAGUCAAAGAUUUGACAAAGAGAAUCCGCACGGUACUUAUGGCUACUGCUCAAAUGAAAGAACACGAGAAGGAUCCAGAAAUGCUGAUAGAUCUGCAGUACAGCUUAGCCAAGUCCUACGCGAGUACCCCGGAGCUCCGGAAAACAUGGCUGGACAGCAUGGCAAAGAUACACGUGAAAAAUGGAGACUUUUCAGAGGCAGCCAUGUGUUAUGUGCACGUAGCAGCCCUCGUUGCAGAGUUUCUGCACAGGAAAAAACUCUUCCCCAGUGGAUGCACUGCCUUCAGGAAAAUCACUCCCAACAUUGAUGAAGAAGGUGCAAUGAAAGAAGAUGGUGGGAUGAUGGAUGUACAUUACAGUGAGGAGGUCCUGGUGGAGCUGCUGGAGCAGUGUGUAGAUGGCCUGUGGAAAGCAGAGCGUUAUGAAACAAUUUCUGAAGUUUCCAAACUGAUCAUUCCUAUUUAUGAAAAGCGGCGGGAAUUUGAGAAGCUUACUCAGCUGUACAGAACGCUCCAUGGAGCAUAUGCUAAGAUAUUGGAAGUAAUGCACUCAAGGAAGAGGCUCCUUGGAACCUUUUUCAGAGUGGCCUUUUAUGGACAAACGUUCUUUGAAGAAGAAGAUGGGAAGGAAUACGUCUAUAAGGAACCUAAACUGACAGGCCUCUCAGAGAUCUCCUUCAGACUUCUUAAGCUUUAUGGAGAAAAAUUUGGGUCAGAGACUGUAAAGAUUAUCCAGGAUUCUAAUAAGGUCAACAUUAAAGACCUUGAUCCUAAGUAUGCCCAUAUUCAAGUGACUUACGUGAAGCCCUAUUUUGAAGACAAAGAAAUCUCUGAAAGAAAGACUGAAUUUGAAAGAAAUCAUAACAUCAAUAGAUUUGUAUUUGAAACUCCUUACACUUUAUCUGGAAAAAAGCAUGGCAGUGUGGAAGAACAGUGUAAAAAAAGGACCAUUCUAACUACUUCCAACUCCUUUCCAUACGUAAAGAAGAGAAUUCCAGUCAAUUAUGAACAUCAGGUUAAUUUAAAACCAAUCGAUGUUGCUACUGAUGAAAUAAAAGACAAGACAGCAGAGCUGCAGAAACUCUGCUCUGCUGGUGACGUUGACAUGAUCCAGCUGCAGCUCAAAUUGCAAGGCUGUGUUUCUGUGCAGGUUAAUGCUGGUCCCUUGGCCUAUGCCAGAGCUUUCCUAAGUGACAGCCAGUCCAGCAAAUAUCCUGCUAAGAAGGUGAAUGAGUUGAAAGAAAUGUUCAGGAAGUUUAUCCAAGCCUGUGGAAUUGCUCUGGAGCUCAACGAGCGUCUCAUUAAGGAGGACCAAGUGGAGUACCACGAGGGACUGAAAUCAAACUUUCGGGAUAUGGUGAAAGAGCUUUCUGACAUCAUCCACGAACAGAUCUACCAUGAAGAUACAAUGCACUCCCCGUGGAUGCACGACUCCCUCCAUGUCUUCUGUGCCAUCAGCGGAACCUCUGGUGAUGGAAGUUACUGUUCACUCAGACCCACUGCUGAAAUAUAAACAUAUCAGUCAUAUUU